GCACGCAACCAUGAUCCUUUCCCAGGUAGGUUUCAAUGUCCUGAUUGCAGCCAUCGCCUUACGAUUACCGAUUUUUCCUGCGGUUGGAAAAAUGCUGGCGCACUUGCGAAAGUCCAAUAAUCUACUGGUGCGACGCAAUGGCCGGCCAUGUGGUGGGCUGCCGUAACACUGUAGCCCUGCUGCGCUCCGCUCGUCGCAUUCCAUUCCACAAGCAGGCAAAGCAGAGCGAAGCAAGAGGGAGAAGAAGAGAAGAGGAGAAAAGAAGAAAGAAAAGCGAAAGCAAAGGUGACCGGCACCUGGAUUAGUUUGUCUAGCUAACCGCGGAAGAACAAAGGGUAACAUCCGAUUCCUUCCUUCCCCUGAUCCCCUCCCCUCCUCGCCGAAAGGGAGGGAGAAGGAUGGACAGCUCAGGGCUGCGGGCUCCGGCGCCGAUUCACAUGGCCGGGGGAUGCUGUGAGGACUGAGGACCUUGGAUGGGCGUUCGUCCCGCCGGCCGAGCGCCCGCGCGAGAGAGAAGGGGACAGAAACGAGUCAGAAAGGCCGGCCGGUGAAGCUCCGUCCGUGAUUGCUCAGGUCCAACUGCUGCUGAUCUCCCUCAUGAACUGAGCAAUCAACAGAAGAAACAAAAGGGCCGUUUCCGCUACAGAGAGAACGAAUAAAUCACCGGAAAUGGGAAGGCGAGGCCACGGGGGGUCAGCGUCACAAGACGACGACGGUGUGGGCUGUGCAUGGGGCCUCAUGCGCAUGCUCUACUUCCGCCGAGACCCCAAGCUCUUGCUGGAUGCAAAGCAGUUGAGUGGGAGGCAUGCGUUCCGUGAGAGAGGGGGCAUUCAGCAAAGAGGUCCAAGGAUUUUGACGAGAUAGAAGAAGAUGGUAACAUAGAAGAAUGCACUUCGCAGAAACCAACAGUCAAAAACCUUAUGGAGGAUGAAUUGGGAAAAGUAAAGCUGCUGAAGAAAAAUCCAAAUGAUGAGAUUCAGAGAAGAUUAGUGGACCUGGGAAAUGAUGUCUCUCUUGGUAGGAGUUCAGAGCAUACAAAUAAAUCAAUAGAUAGAUCAUAUCACCAGGCAGGAAUCUCUACACCUUCAAUUCCACCAAUGGAUUCUGGGGUUUUGAAUUAUGCUGAAGAAUAUGAUCUUGAAUCUGUCCUGAUGAAUUUCCUAGGUGAAAUUUAUAGUUGUCACGAUGAAUGCCCACACAGUGAUUGCAAGAAUAAGAAUGAAUUGUGUCCUUCACUGAAGUCCCUAAUCCAUAAAAAGGUCAAUGAAUUGAAUAAUCUUCCUCGCAAUAUUGGCUGCGCGCAAUCUCAAGAGGGUAAUGAUGCUAAGCUAUCUGACCAGAAUAAUCUUUCUAACACCAUGGCAGCCCGAUCCAAACAAUUCAAGGAUGCAUUGGAAAUACUGGGUUCAAACAAUGAACUUUUCAUGAAGCUGCUUCAGAAGCCAAACCAACAUAUAGUUGACAGUAUCCAAAAGCAUGAAAACAGUAAGGUGGCUGCCGGAUUAGAGCCCAAUAAAAUUCAUGGACAGACCAAUUUUCUGGUAGGAAGAGGAGGCUCAAGACAGCAUCCUUUGGCUACAAAGGAGCAGGCUAAAGAGAGAAAAUAUAUGUUCUUCUGGAGGAAGGGUAAAUCAAAUAGAAGGCAGAUGCUUGAGGCAACUGACACAGAUCAGACUGUUACCAAAAUUGUUAUUCUGAAGCCAAAUCCAGAAAGAGGGUUUAAUCAGAAAGCAGCUACUGCAAGAACUUUACAUCAACAGCCAUGUACAUCGCAUGCUCCUGAAUGUGGUGGAAUUGAUAACUCAAAGUUUUCAAUUAAGGAAGUUAAGACAAGAUUCAGAUUUGUGAAUAGUGAGAGUAGAAGAGAAAGCAAUUUAGCACCUGCAGAGGACCUUCAAGGAUACCCACGGAAGUUCAAAGAUUCUUUUGUUGCAAUUAAUAAAGAUUUUAGACAUUUCCCAGAAGGGAGCUUGGCAAACAAGUCUGGAUCAGACAUCAAGAAUGCAAUCAAACCUUUCAUCAGCAGUAAGCAAAAUGGGAGCAUAAGCGGAAACAGUGGUCAUAUAGUAGCACCAAAAGGUGCAUCUAUCUUCUAUGAAGAGGCCAGGAGGCAUUUAUCAGAGAUGCUAAAGGAUAAUGACUGUUCUGUAAACUAUCCAGCAGUUCAAAUCUCAAAAUCCUUGGAAGGCAUACUUUCUCUGCCUCAUGGCAAUGUGUCAACCCCUAGGAGUAGCCUGUGGGGAAAGGAUUACCUUGGCCCCUCACCUGGAGAAACAGAUGUUUUUGUUGCAUGUGAGGUUCAGAGAGAAGAAUGCACACAAGAGAGAAGCCAAUCACAAGAGGAUUUUGGAAGCAUUGCUCGAUGUACUAGUGCAGCAGUUGAUGAUCAGGUGACAGUUCGAGAUGGAUAUUACACGAAUGAAGCACAAGAAGGAUCAAGGCAUGCUCAGAAUGAGCCAGGCCUUCUGUAUACUGAAGGAAUUCACAAAUUCAUUUGCGGCAAAAACAUUUGCGACGAACAGUCCGUUCCAGCAGAACAAAGUAGACACGAUGUAUGUCAGGAAAUACUAGAAGAAAUAAAACAAGGAAAAGAACAUAUCAAAAUGUCCCCAACCUCUGCUGAGGGGAUAGUUGAAACGUUGGGGCAGCAAGAGCCAGAAACACCAGAACCAAGAGCAUCAACCGAACUAAUCUCAGAUGGUUCUCCCGAGCAAAGCGAUGAAAAGCAAGAGAGGCCCAGUCCAGUAUCUGUUCUUGAGUCAUUCUUUGAAGAUAUUGACAAUCCAGACUGCAUAAACAAGAAAGAAUGUGAGCUGCAUGGUCUCCAAAGGACCCUGUAUUUUCCAGAUAAUGAACCAGAUGUUAGCCUCCUUGGGGAGGACAGGAGUGUCAGAGUGGAUUACAUAAAGUUGGUGCUAGAACUCUCGGAGUUGUGUGCAGAACAAAAUUUAGAGGUAUGGUACCUAGAGGACGAAUUAAUCAGCCCCUGCUUGUUUGAAGAACUACAGAGUCAGGGCGAUCAAACGGAUGAUCUAAAGCUCCUAUUUGACUGUAUCUGUGAGGCUCUAACAGAGAUCCAAGAGAGAUAUUUUAGACUCUCUUGGCUAACUUUCCUAAAGCAAGACAUAAGGACACCUCCGAUUGGAGAAAACCUCAUCACAGAAGUUGAUAGAUAUGUUUACGGGUAUAUCCAACAUAGUCUUCCAAUCACUCUAGAGCAGAUAAUCAAGAGGGACCUGGAAGUUCAGACGUGGAUGAACAUUAGAUCGAAAACUGAAGGGAUUAUUAUGGAGAUGUGGGAGUUUGUAUUGGAUGAGUUGAUAGAUGAGACUGUCUUUGAUUUGUGGAUUUGAAGUUCUGAUUAGAUCUCGUCCAUGGUGCCUUGUGGCGAGUAUAGUGAGUAGGAUACGUGAGUUUUCGUGCUGACAAUAACCAGUUGUAUGCGGCAGAAUAACAUGAUGGGCUACUACUAGUCAAGUGUGUAACUACAGUGGAAAUGGUUCUCGUGGAUGAAAACAAAAGUUUAGGUUCAGCAAAUCUCCAGAAUUGUGCAGUUUGUGUGGAUGAAGUUGGUUGGGGACGGUCUGUCACCAGAACUCUCAGCCAUGCCUCUCAACAGCGAAUUGUACAGCAGAUUUGAGAGUUUGUCUGUGCAUGUGUGAUGCGUACACUUUUCAGCGUGAUCAGAUCACGCUUAUCGUAUAGGUUUGUUUUGUGUGUAAAUGUGCAAAAAAGUAAUCAUACAUGUUAAUCAAAUGGCAUGUUUUGAGUAUGCUUGAGCAUUAUUUGAAGGACCAAAUUCGUUAAUCA